GGCGAGUUAUACAUAAUAUAUACGAGUAGAGGAAAGGGGACAGUACGUAUAAGUAUCUACCUAUGUAGUCAAUUCCGCUAGUCAACUAUCCCUCAACCAUACACUACAACAUAACCUACAAAACUACAAAACUACAAAACUACAAAAUGGCCGACGACAGAGUCAACAUCAUGCGCGGCUACAAAGCGUCCGUCCUUCCUUCCCCCUCCCCUACCUCAACCCAAACUAAUAGGAUAUAUGUGAAAAGCACCCUGCACAACCCCAACACCUCCGACGAAGCAAAACAAAACGCCCAGUCCGUCCUCGAUGACCUAGGCGGCGACCAGCCCAGCGAGGAGAUUCAUAACUCUCAAGCAGGGAAUAAGGAUCCGAUGCGUGUUGCCCCUGUUGGAUUGUAUUGAGUUGGGUGGGAUUGAGGACGGUGCUAAUGUAUGUGCAGGGCGCAGCAUAAUCCGAAUGUCACGGAGGAGGGAAAGAGGAGGGCUAAGGAAGGAUUGGGGUAUAUUCCAGAGUAGAUUGCUUAUUUUGUAGUACUCCGAGUACAGCUGAGUUGGUUGAUGUGGGAUUGUGCAGUUGGUUUUAUGAGUGAUGUGAAUGGUAAACUAAUUGGAUGUGUUAUUAAUGCAUAUCUGUGUAACACUGC